AUGAGCAUUAUCACGAAAAGGUUUGGUAACAAUGAUGAGUUGCUAGAUACCGCUCACUAUGUAAUAACUGGUUUUGGGUCUGCUUCAGUACAGAUAGGAAGAGAAUAUCCGAUUUCAUUCAAGGGGUUCCAAAAUUCUUCAAGUAUUCCUAAGCGUGCAUCUUUUCCAUCUAAUUUUAUCUUUGGUGUCGGUUCUUCUGCCAUGCAGAUUGAAGGAGCUGCUCAUGAAGGAGGUAGAGGAUUAGGAGUGUGGGAUGAACUUGCAGCAACGUUUGUGGAUGGUGAUAAGUUUUCUACAUUAAUUGAACAUUACAAGCGAUACAAGGAGGAUGUACAACAUUUGAAGCAUCUUGGAGUGGAUUCUUACCGAAUGUCUAUCUCAUGGAGUAGAGUUAUGCCAAAUGGAACCUUGAGAGGGGGGAUAAAUAAAGAAGGUAUCAACUUCUACAACAAUUUGAUCAAUGAAUUACUUAAAAAUGGUAUUGAGCCUUUUGUGACUAUCAUGCAUUUUGACUACCCGCUUGCCCUUCAACAAAAGUUUGGUGGUUUCUUAAAUCGCAGCAUUGUGCAUCAUUACAAGGAUUAUUGUGAACUACUUUUCAAAACAUAUGGAGAUAGAGUGAAGCAUUGGACAACAUUCAAUGAACCAACCGCCACACCUAUCCUUCACAUGCAUGGCAUUGAUAAUGACGCUGCUGAACGAUGCCAAGAUACAGGAAAGUGUUCAGAAGCUUAUACAAUCCUUCACAACUAUCUUAUUUGCCAUGCUGCAGCAGUAAAGUUAUACAGACAAAAAUUUCAAGCAACACAAGGGGGAGAAAUUGGACUUGUUUUACAAGCUCAAAAUUUUGUUCCCUAUAGUUCAAAAGAAGAAGAUGUGGAUGCUGCUCAAAGAUUAAUGGAUUUCACUUAUGGAUGGGUUUUAAAUCCAAUAUACCAUGGAGAUUAUCCACAAAUAAUGAGAAAAUUAGUAGGGAAUAGGUUGCCUGAAUUCACUAAAAAGGAGAAACAUAUGCUCAAAGGAAGUUUAGACUUUAUCGGAGUCAAUUAUUAUAUGUCUAUCUUUGCUAGACAUGAAUCAAAUAGAAGCAAAAUGUACUAUAUUGACAAUUUUGAUGCAUUAGCUGCAACUACAGAAUUUAAUGCAGAAGGAAAUACCCUUGGACCUAUGGAACAAUAUAGUAAAUUUCAUGUCUACCCCGAAGGAUUAUAUAACAUUUUAAUAUACAUAAAUGAAAAGUACCAAAAUCCCAAAAUCUACAUCACUGAAAAUGGUAUUGCUUCUCCCAAUAUGACAAAUCCAUUGAAAGACGAAAAUCGGAUCGCUUACAUUGCAACACAUAUAAAUGCUACUAAAGCAGCAAUUGACAAUGGUGUAAACGUUCGUGGUUACUUUGCCUGGCCGGCAUUUGAUACCUUUGAAUUUCAUCAGGGCUAUUCUGGACAUUGGGGGCUUUAUCAUGUUGACUUUAAUGAUAAUCUCAAGCGUGUACCAAAGGCUAGUGCUGAAUGGUAUAAAAAUUUGUUGACAUCGAAUUGUUAA